AUGUCUUACAGCCAGGGGGAGAGAGUCCCGACGAAGGUGCGAGUCAUCGUCACCAAGUUCGUGCAAGUCGAUGCCGGGCAAUUCAAGUCCGUGGUGCAAUGCCUCACCGGCAAGGAUUCCGUCGUCGCUGAGGCGCCGGAGAGCUGGAACGGUCGUAGCGAGAAGAGCCAUGUGGUCGAUCGAAGCUGCCGCAGAGGAGGCGGAAAGCGGGUGACACUGGGGGAUCAUGAGGUGCAAAGGGAGGAUGAGGGAGGAGUUGAGUUGCUGCCUACUAUAGACGAGUUAUUUGAGUUGUUGGGAGAUUAA